UUGCGUUAUAAUUUCAACAUUCAGUGUAGCCAACCAUAUAAAAAUUAAAACGGAACUAAAAAAGUUUGCAACUAAAUUAUUUGUGUUCAUUUUUGCAAUCUGCCGAAUCAUUUGUUCUACCAAUCUUAGAAUGGACAGUUCUGUGGCUGUCGACGGUUAUUUUGUUGAUUUAAUUGACGAUAAUUGGCGCUCCGAGGAACUCCCUAAAGACGACAUCAACGUACCCACGCACGAACUAGCCGAUCCUGAGGCCGAUUCCGGAGAUAUCCACUUAACUCUCAAAGAACAAGAACAAAAGUGGACCGACAUUGCCCUCGGUGCUUUAAGUGAACAUCAGUGAUGGAACUCCCCAAUUUGGGGCAACAAUGUGCCCAUCCAAACUGCCAACAGUUAGAUUUUCUCCCAUUACAAUGUAAAUGCGGCAAACAAUUUUGUUCUGAACAUUUCAACAAGCAUGUGCAAGGGUGUGAAACUUCCACCAACGUUGAGGUAGAACCACAAAGAAUUGAAAAUGUUUACAAGUGCACUUUUGAAAAUUGUCACGAAUCCAGUUUGGUACCUUUGCUUUGUUCCAAUUGUCACAAACAUUUCUGUAUAAAACACCGGCAUAUUACCCAGUGUAGUGAACCAGAUGAGGAAUUCUUUGCUCAAGAAAGGGAAAAACGGGCUGCACCUGUGAGGCAAUUUAAUGAAGCUAAAAAUGCGGUGGACAAACAAAUCGAACAGAACUUAAUUGCGGCUAAAAAGAAGGGCAAAAACUUGGCAAAUAAAGUACAACUUAUGAAGAUCAAGAGUAAGGCUAAAGGGCUCAGCAGUAUUCCAACCACAGACCGUGUUUAUUUCAAUGUUACGCAUCCUGAAACUGGUCAAGUCACACCUGUUUUCGUUUCAAAAAGUUGGAGUUUAGGGCGCGCAAUUGAUGCAAUCGCAAACGAAUGUAAAUUGAGAAAUGAUAAUAAUAAGAUAACUGAAAAAAAAUUGAGGUUGUUUAAACAGGACGACAGUGGGGUAAUUUCAAAAAAUCUUGCAGACUGUCUUGAAAAACUUAUAACUGAUGGUGUAAUAAUGGAUGGGGAAAAUCUUAUUCUAACUUAUGUAGAUCAUUAAUAAAUUUUACAAUCAUA